AGUUGUCUUUCGGCUACUUUUGCCAGCAGUUCGUGAAAAUCAGGGCCAGAACAAAAAGGGGAAAAUGUCAAACCUCAAGUGGAUCCUGACGCUCGGCGUCCUGUGUGUAGUGCUCCAUCCACAAGGCGAAGGAGGCGUCUCGGCCGUUUUUUGGCCAUGUGAAAGCGAGGCGGACUGCACAGCUGACGGCUCCAGCUGCGACUCGGCCACCGGCCAGUGCGAGUGCCCCUCCUUCGACGCGGUGCUCUCGGCGGACUUCACGCAAUGCCUGACGACGUCACUCAUUGGUGACACAUGCGACGAUACCGUUCAAUGCAAUCUUAUGCCAACGGGAGCCAACUGUAAAGCCGGGGUCUGCGAUUGCGCCGAUGGCCAAACCUAUCUGCGUGGCAAGUGUAGGCCACUGAACGGACUCGGCGAGUCCUGCGACACGGACUUGGACUGCUACUUUGGCUACGAUCGUGCAUCUGUCAGCUGUCAGCAAAACGUUUGCGGCUGUGCAAAUGGCUAUUAUAACAGAUAUGGAAACAUAUGCCGUCGCAAAUCAAUGGAAGAAAACGAUGCCUGCGUCGUUAAUGAGGACUGUGAUGCACUGGGCGCUGGUGCCGAGUGCGUGGGUCUAGUAUGCACCUAUGUGGACGAGAUUGGCACAACUCCCGGCACCGAGGCCACAUCGGGCGACACCGACACCACCCCCACCAUCAACGACAACGACGGCGACGACGACGACACAACCGAGGCCAUCACAGAGACGACAGAGGAGCCCACGGCGGAGACCUCAUCGUUUUUCCGGCGGCAGCUAACCAAGGCAUUCGUGCACGCCCCCCCGCCCCCCACACACGUCGAUGCCGCCGCCCAGGUAUCCUUCUCGCUGACCAAUGGCGAAACGGAGGCUCUGAUAUCGCCACGCUCCCACGAGAUCGCCGUUCAGACCAGCAUCGAGAAGUACGAGCUGCGUGACCUGAAGGAUUUGGGACGCAGCGUGAGGAAUGUGGCCACAGCCACCACCUCCACCAGCACCAGCAGCCGGAGUCGGAGCCGCAGCCGCCGGAACUCCACCCACAACUAUCGCCGCCGUCUGCCCGCCCUCUUCCGCUUCGAUGACGAGGAUAUCAAGACAUACUCAACGCUGGGCUCAAGCCGGGACGACGAGGAUGCCGAAGAGAAGAAGUAUGGUAGCAGUUGCACGGAAAAUGCAAAGACCUGCACGGGCCUGCCGCACUCGAUCUGCACCAACAAUGUGUGCCUCUGCCGCCAGGGCUACUAUGCACGCAACGGGAAAUGCUUUGCGGAGCUCGGGGAGAUAGCUGAGAGCACGGACGAGUGCGAGUACGAGUUCGAUGAGCUGUCCAAGUCCUGCGUAUGCCAAAAGAACUACUUCUACGAGCGCGAUCUGCGCAACUGCAGGAAACCCAUUCAGUAUCACCUGUCCUGCACAUCGAACAGCCAGUGCAGCCCGUUCGGAGCCUCCUAUUGCCACCCAGAGAUACCCAGGCGGUGCACCUGCGAGGAGUACGCCCUGUAUGACGCCAUCAAGCAGCUGUGCGAGUACCAGCACGGCCUGGGGGCCGAGUGCGACUCCAACGAUGCCUGUCCCGUCGACCAUUCAGUGUGCUCGAACCGCCUGUGUGUCUGCACGGACAACUACAUGGAGAAGGAUGAGACCUGUGUGCGGGGCAUUGGCGCUGAGUGCUCCGAGGACGACGAGUGCAUACCGGACAACACGGCCUGCACCAGCAAGGACUCCGAGGAGCAGACGCGCUCCUGCCAAUGCCGCAAGGGUUACGUCCACUUCAAGGACCAGUGCCUCCAGGAAGCUGAGGAGUUGGAGGACGAGUGCAUUGAGGAUGAGCAGUGCAAGCCGCUGCUGGCCAGCUGCAGCGUGGAGGGCAAGUGCGCCUGCUCGGAUGAACAGCACGAGAAGAACGGAGUCUGUGAAACGAAGCGCGAACUCGGCGAGUCCUGCACGAAGGCCACCGAAUGCCACGUUGAGAAGGAUCCCGAGAAUGUGGAAUGCCGCAACUCUGUCUGCCAGUGCAAAUUCGGCUAUCAGACGAACACGGAUCAGAAGCAAUGUAUUCGCGUAAUGCCCAACAAGAAAAAUUCUUCCGGUAGACCCAGUGCUCUCAAAAUCAUCACCUUCAUGCUGAUAGGCUCCGCAUUCCUGAUCACUAGUGCGGCCAUUAAGCAGGCCUACUAUUGAAGAGAUCCGAGAUAGAGCGGCAACGCCCAGGGUACUGAUGGGGAUCGGGAUCUCCUUCUUCCGCUUUGGGUGGAGUGGUGGAGUGGAGCUGCCAGUAUUAGCCAAUAACUGGCAUGGAUCGAGGUCCGUGGCCAACGUGAAUAGAAAUCAUGUAGUCUUUAAGCUGAUAUUUAGGAUUCGAAGCAAUAUAUGGGGAAGAACACUGGAGGGACUCUCGCUUAUACACCAUACGUAUGAUACGAAUAACAAUAAUUACAAACUAGCCUAAGUUUCAAGUUUAACUGCUUAGCUUAUUGGCGGGCUAAG